CUAUUUUCGUUCCCAGUGCUUCACAGUGAAUCGAGCGGUAGUGGUAGCUUUUGCGGUCUGUGGGACAUCAAAAUGGAAAAUAUACAUUUGGCUGGAGAGGAGGAGGACCUUUAUUCGGGCUAUAACGAUUAUAACCCGAUAUUUGACGCUAAUGAGCUUGAUAAUGAUGCGGGCUUCCAGCAAGCAGUGCGGACGAGUCAUGGCCAAAGGGCUUCAACUGCCAAAUUUCGUGACACUGCCAUUGGAGCUCGCCGUUUAGGGUCUUCUUUUGGGUCUCAGAUCCAUAUGGUGUCUUUAUUGGGUAGACCCAUGACUGGAGCUGUGCAGGAAGGAGUAGCUAGACCCAUGACAUCAGUCAGAGCUGCAGGAUACACAUCCCUUCCGACUCGGGGCUCAACCUUUGACCCUCUGGGCCAGUCUGGAUUUUCUGCCCUUCCAACUGAAGCAGUGAAAGAAGAUGUGCUUGAAGAGAAGUUGAAGCUUCAAGAAAAGAAAGUGAAUUACCUGAUAGAAGAGAGCUACGUGGCCCAGAACAAGGGGGAUGUCCAACUGGCCCUUGAUAAAGCCAAGGAAGCCAAGAGGAUGCACAAAGUGCUGCAGGAACAGAGGAUGCAGUAUGGCAGCACAUACAACAAUGUAGACCUCUCCUUUUCUGUUCUGCUCAACCUUGCUGAACAGUUUACAAAUAAUGGCAUGUACUCAGAGGCCCUGAACACGUACCAGGUUCUUGUACGUGACAAGCAGUUUGUUAAUCCAGAUCAACCAAGUCUCCCUCCAGCAAGACUCAAAGUCAACAUGGCCAACAUCUACUUCAAACAGAAAAACUAUUCCAAAGCCAUCAAAUUCUACCGAAUGGCGCUGGAUAUGAUAGAUAAUAACUAUAAGGCAUUUAGGAUUAAGAUCAUGGAGAAUAUUGGUCAGGUCUUCUUGCACAUGGGCCAGUAUCGGGAUGCCAUGUCAUCUUUUGAGGACAUCAUGAGUGAAAGCCCCAACAUAAAGACAGGAUACAACCUUGUCGUGUGCUGCUAUGCCCUUGGAGAAAAAGAGCGGAUGAAGAAGGCCUUUCAGAGGCUUAUCUCAGUGCCUCUGGGUAUUGACGAAGAAAAGUACAUUCCAUCUAAUGAUGACACCUCCUUAAAUAUGGUCAUUGAUGCCAUCAAGAAUGACAGGCUUCACCAGAUGGAGAGAGAUCGAAAGUCCUUGUCUGAGAAGUACAUCAUGACUGCUGCCAAGCUCAUUGCUCCAGCCAUUGACUCUUCUUUUGUCACUGGAUUUGACUGGUGUGUUGAGAUGGUGAAGAGUUCUCAGUAUGUUGAGCUUGCCAAUGAUAUGGAGAUUAACAAAGCCAUCAUCUACCUCAGGCAGAAAGACUUAAACCAGGCACUUGAAACUCUGAAGGCUGUUGAGAAAAAGGACAGCAGAAUGAAAAGUGCAGCGGCCACCAACCUGUCUUUCCUCCACUUUGUGGAAAAGGACUUUGCCCAGGCUGAGCGAUAUGCUGACCUUGCCAUGAAUGCUGAUCGCUACAACCCGGUAGCACUUAUCAACAAGGGCAACGUAGUGUUUAUUAAACAAGAUUAUGAGAAGGCUGAAGAGAUUUACAAAGAAGCUCUGAGGAAUGAUUCGUCCUGCACUGAGGCCCUCUACAACUUGGGUUUAACAUACAAGAAAUUAAAUCGUUUGGGGGAUGCUGUAGAGUGCUUCUUGAAGCUACAUGCUAUUCUGAGGAACAGUGACCAAGUCAUGUACCAACUAGCCAACCUCUACGAGCUUCUCGGGGAUCCUCUGCAGUCAAUUGAGUGGUUGAUGCAGCUCAUCAGUAUAACACCUACUGAUCCCUAUGUACAUGCCCAGCUGGGAGAACUGUACAACGGUGUAGGUGAUAAGUCCCAGGCUUUGCACUACUAUAAUGAGUCCUACAAGUUGUUCCCAUCCAAUAUCCAUGUGGUUGAGUGGCUGGGAGCUUACUACGUCAACACACAGUUGUAUGAAAUGGCCAUUCGGUACUUUGAAAGUGCUGUCCUCAUACAACCAGCGCAGGUGAAGUGGCCCCUAAUGGUUGCUAGCUGUUACAGGAAAAGUGGCAAUUGUCAGAAAGCUCUGGAAACAUACAAAGAGAUCCACCACAAAUUUCCAGAAAACAUUGAAAGUGUGCGUUUCCUUGUGAGACUGUGCACAGACAUGGACAUGAAGGAAGUUCAAGAAUAUGCAACAAAGCUGAAAAAAAUGGAGAAGAUGAGGGAGAUCAAAGAACAGAGGGUGAAGUCUGGGCGGGAAGGCAGUGCCAGAGGUCGUAGAGAAGGCAGAGAGGGGAGCGCCGGAAGUGACAGAGGCCACAGCACCACCAGCAGUAAGGGAGAGCGGCUAAACGCUAGGAAAUGGUCACUUCCUGAUGCUGGUGAGCCAUAUGACUCCAGCGUCCAAACACCACUUGAUGCUUUUUAUGUAGACCCACUUGGGCCCCAGAUGGAGAGACCAAAGACAGGGGCUGCAAAACGUACAGAUGUUGACGACUUUGCUGAUGAAGAGCUGGAAGACAACAUGCUACCAGAGUAAAUGAAUGUUACAGCGGGCCAGGGCACUGUUGGCCCCUUUUGUUAUUUAUUUUUUGUAAUUAAAAUGUUUUGUAUACACACAUGGUGCACAGUGGGUCAUGUAGUUUCUACUCAUCCCUGGAUGUUUGUUUAGUUGUGAUUCACCUUUUGGUUGUUUAGUUUGUCAUAUGUGUCUCGACCGUCUCCCCUGUUCACACACCUGCCACUCAUUUGGUAGUUCUUUUGGGUAUUUAAGCCACACCUUUUUCUUGUUUAGUUUGUCAGUUUCUUUGUGUUGGUUCCACCUGUGAGUAGUUCCUGAUUACCUUGACAUUUCUGUGUUUAGUUCUUGUGUUUUGAUAAUUUCCUUGGUACCUUUCUGUUGGAUAUUGUUUUGUGUUUGGUUUGGACUUUGUUUUCCCAUGUUGCACUCUCAUUACUUAUUUGAUUUGUAUUUCAUCUGCUGAAGCAUUAAAUCACCUUAUUUUGCUACUUA